UGAGCACUGAGCAGUGAAUAAUCCCCGCGAGAGCGAGCUCCUCGCCACCCCCGGCAAUGGAGGACUGGCUCUUCUACGCCCUCACCACGCUCCUCUGCUACCUGCUCUGCUUGCUCCUGCUGCGCGCCAGCGCCCGCAACUCGGCCGGGGGCAAGGGCCAUUCCGCCGGCGGCGCGCUCCCGCCUCUUCCGCCGGGGCCAACGCCGCUGCCACUGGUGGGCCCGCUGCUCUUCCUGUUGCGCCCUGACUUGGACGUCGAGGCCGUGCUCCGCCGCAUCGCGCGGGAGCACGGCCCGGUCUUCACCUACGCGCCGCUGGGCAAGGCGCUGCCCACCAUCUUCGUGGCCUCCCGCGCCGCGGCGCACCGCGCGCUCGUGCAGCGCGGCGCGGCGUUCGCGUCCCGCCCGGCCUCCAGCGCCGUGGUCAACGCCGGCGGCAUCAUCUUCUCGCCCUACGGCGCCACAUGGCGCGCACUGCGGCGGAACCUCACGGCCGGCGUGCUCAACCCGUCGCGGCUCCGGGCCUUCUCCCCCACGCGGCGGCGGGUGCUCAGCAUCCUCGCCUCUCGCUUCCGCGCCGCCGGCGCCGGCGGGGAGCGCCCCGUCGCUGUGAUGGAGCCAUUCCAGCACGCCAUGUUCCGCCUGCUCAUGUGCAUGUGCUUCGGGGACCGCGUCGAGGACGCACGCGUGCAGGACAUCGAGGCCACACAUCAGGAGCGCAUCGCCAGCUUCCACAGCUUCGAGGUCUUUUCCUUCCUCCCGGCGCUCACCAAGGUCCUGUUUCGGCGGCGGUGGAAGAAGCUCGUCUCGCUACGGUGGCGGGAGGAGGAGCUCUUCCUCCCGCUGGUUCAGGCGAGGAGGGACGCCGCCGCCGACGGUAACGGGUACUGUUACGUGGACUCCAUGCUGAAGUUGACCAUCCCCGAAGACGGCGGGCGGGCGCUCACCAACGAUGAGAUCGUCAGCCUCUGCUCUGAGUUCCUCAUUGCCGGCGCCGACACCACGGCAACCGCGCUGCUGUGGAUCAUGGCGAACCUGGUCAAGUACCCAGCGAUGCAGGACAGGCUGCGGGACGAGGUGGCCGGCGUCGUCGGCGCUGCGGACGGCGCGGUGCGGGAGGAGGACCUGCAGGCGAUGCCGUACCUCAAGACCGUGGUUCUGGAGGGGCUCCGGCGCCAGCCGCCGGGCCACUUCCUGAUCCCGCACACCGUGCCCGAGGACACGACGCUGGACGGGUACCGCGUGCCCGCCGGCGUGCCGAUCAACUUCGCGGUGGGCGACAUCGGCCUGGACGAGGAGGUGUGGGACGCGCCCUUGGAGUUCCGGCCGGAGCGGUUCCUGACCGGCGGGGAAGGGGAGGGCGUGGACCUCACGGGGAGCAAGGAGAUCAAGAUGAUGCCGUUCGGCGCCGGGCGGAGGGUGUGCCCCGGCAUGGCGCUCGCGCUGCUGCAGCUCGAGUACUUCGUGGCGAACCUUGUGAGGGAGUUCCGGUGGUGCGAGGCCGACGGCGAGGAGGUGGACCUUACCGAGAAGAUCGAACUCACCGUCGUCAUGAAGCGCCCGCUCAAGGUUAAGGCCGUGCCGCUGCGGUCGCCACUGGCCGCCACCAUUCCAGCUGCUUGAUCGAGUGUCCUGUUCGAUUAUCUCUACCGCCAUGGCUAUGGAUUGCAUCAGAUUAUUACUUUAAUCAAUGCUGCAUUAGUGUGCAUGUAUUCAUAUGUACAAUCGGGCAUCAGUUUGUAUCGUGGGGAACCAGCUGUUAGUUUGUACAAUCAGCCAAUAUUGCAAAUAUUGUUUCUGCAUGUUACCAUUUUUAAAUGGACGUUGCAUGUGUUGUGAUGAGUU